GAGAGGAAGUGCGGUUUUCUGGACGUAGGAAAAAUGUGUGUUUACUGUAGUAAACUGAACGUGGAAUAAGUGACGUGGAAUUAAGAGUAUCGUUUACAAAGGUCAAGGUUUACUUUAGGUUUUAAUAUUAGAGCUUAUAUUUACAUAAUACUAGAACAGUUUCUUAAGUCAACGGUAUGUAGAAUUUAUUCAGUAAUGUCUUUUUUUAACGAUAAUGUGCCUCACUACUUUACAGUUACACUUAUGUUACUUAAACUGUUAAAGUUUGAAAUGAAGCUGUUUGUGGUUUUGAUUUCCUUGUACUUGCUUGAAGAGGCAUUUGCUGCCCCUCGUCCAGUGGAUAAAAAGAAAGAAACUGAAAAAAAUAAAGAUGAUAAUAAAGAAUCUAAUGCAGACAUUGAUGAUUUUGGUCUUGAAUAUGGAAGAUACCUAAAACAAGUUGUCCAGGCUUUAGAAGAAGACAAGGAAUUUGCCAAAAAACUGGAAAAUUUCUCUGCUGAAGAUAUACAGAAGGGUGACAUAGCCAGGGAACUGGAAUUUGUAAAACACAGUGUAAGAAGCAAGUUGGAUGAGUUAAAACGAAUGGAAGUGGAAAGACUGAGGAGACUGACAUUACAGGAAAUUGAGCAGAAUGAAUUAGGUCUGUACAGAAAUGAAGAUGGCCACUUACUUCCUGCACCUCCAGAAGGUCGAAAGUGGCGUACAAUACCUCGUCCUCAUGGGGGAAAAGGUUUUAACAGAAAAAAUAUUAAGGUUCCUGUUCAUAUUGAUCCAUCAAAUGCACAUACAUUCGAAGAGGAGGACUUGAAGAGGUUGAUUCAGACAGCUACAAGAGACCUAGAAGAACUGGAUCGUAAGAGACGUGAAGAAUUUAAGCGUUAUGAAAUGGAAAAGGAAUACCAGUACAGGGAAUCAUUGAAAAAUUUAACAGAAGAUGAAAAAAAAGAAGCUGAAAGGAAACAUGAAGAGAAGAAAAACAAACAUAAAGAACAUCCACGGGUCAAUCAUCCCGGCAGUAAACCUCAAUUGGAGCAAGUGUGGGAAGAAAAAGAUCACAUGCCUAGAGAGGAGUUUGACCCCAAAGUGUUUUUUUCUAUGCAUGACAUUAAUGGAGAUGGUUAUUUGGAUGAAGAUGAAGUGGAAGCCAUUUUGAAUUUAGAAGUGAAAAAAAUGUAUGACCCAAAUAAUCCAGAGGAUGAUGCAGUUGAAAUGAUAGAAGAAUACAACAGAAUGAGAGAACAUGUUUACAGUGAGGCUGAUAAAGAUAAAGACAAACGUAUAAGCCAAAAAGAGUUUUUAGACUUGACACAACAGCAAGACUUUGAAGAAGAUGAAGGAUGGAAGGGCUUAGAUGAGCAAGCUCCAUUUUCAGAAGAGGAAUUGAAAGAAUAUGAAAGAGAAAAACAAGCACAGAUGCAAGCACAUUUAGAAGCUCAGAGACAAGCAACCAUGGCAGGGCAACAGCAAAGUAUGCUUCCACAGCAACAAUUUCAAGGAGUACCACAAAAUCAGCAGUUCCAAGAAGCACCACAAAAGCAGCAAAUUCAAGAAGUACCAGAACAACAAGGAGCAUCACAAGAUCAGCAAAGUAAACCCCCAAGACAAGAAGUACCACAACAGGAUAUUGUUAUUCCUUCACAACAAAAGCCAGAAGAUCUAGGGAAGGAGAGACCCCAAGUAUCCCAGCAACAUAAUUAAACAAGAUACAGGGGUGAGAUGAUGAUACUUUGCAUUACAAGUUAUAGAUAAAUAAUUUGCUAAAUCUUAUAAUGUCCAUACAAAACUUUUAAGUUUUCUUAUAAAUUGUGCUCCAUACAUUAGAUAUUUGAUAAUUCAUUUUCUAUCAAAGCAUUAGUUAAUGAAGAUGCAUUUAUGUCAUUUUGGUUGUAUAAAAUUUUUGUUUAUGAUUUUGUUAUGUAAUUAUAUAAAGUAGUUUAUUUACAAAUUUUAAGUUUUCUGCACAACUGCUAAAAAAAAGAAAAGAUUAAAAUAAAGUGUGUCUAAAGAGUGAAGAAUACAAGUAUUAUAACUGUUUUGAGAACACUUGUUUAUUAUAUGUGGAAUUUUAUCCAGGAUCACAUAAGUUAAAAAAAGCCAAAUAUUAUGUAAUUAACAAUACAGAGAUGUUAUAGCUGUAUAUGGUUUUAGUUACUUAAAUAUUCUUUCUAGGACUGUUGAUAUUUGUUGUGGGUUGUGAAUGAUAUCAGUAGAGUUUAAGUGCAGGGUAAUUUAUUAUUAAAUUGUUUUGGAAUUAAACUAGGAACAUUGCUAGUAUACUAAAUACUUUUAGUGACACAAAGUUGAAUAAAUUACUUGUUUCCAAAACGUAAGGGAUACCACUACUGGGAGAAACUAAAUGACUGACAUUUUACUUGUAAAAUUUAUUUCCUAGUCUUUUCUAUAUUUUGCAUUAGUAUGUAACAAAACAAAAACAAGAUCCACUUGUUAUUCAGAAUAUGUAUGCGUUUUGAAACUUUAGAAAAAUUACAACUUAUUUGAUAGUCUGUACCUUAAAAACUCAUAGAACUAAAAGGUAAAAAUAUUCAUCUUGAUAACUUAAUGUGAAAGGAUUUUUUUUUCAGUUUUUGUUCAAGACAUACAAGCUGUUUUACUUCGCUCACAUAGUAUAUCAUAAUUUACCAGUCAAGUUAUACAAGUCAAUAUGACAUUUAAAUUUACUUCCUCUAAUACUCAUAUACAAGAAACAACUUUUCCAAAUAUUAAAUGUCAUUUUUAUGUAUGUAGUUUCUUAAGAGCUGUAUCCUUAAAGUAUGUAUAUUUUACACAAUGUGUACAUACAAGUCAAAAUGUUCACUUCUUUGAAAAGAUAUAUGUAACAUAAGUAAUUAGUAUUGAAGUUGGUAGACUAUAAAACUGUAUUUUGUUGGAUUAAAACAAUAAUAAAAAGGAUUAACUUUAA